AUGAGAAGUUUGGAUUAUUUCAUUAUUUUAAUGUUGUUUGCUGGAUUGAUGAAUGGCCUUACAUUGGGGUACAUGUCUAUGGAUCUAGUUGAUCUUGAAGUUCUUGUGAAGUCUGGUGUAUCCAAGAGUCGUCUCUACGCCAGAAGGAUAUUGUCUCUUGUCAAGAGACGCCAUCUGUUGCUCUGCACACUUUUAAUCAGCAAAGCCUUUGCUGUGGAGGCACUUCCUAUUUUUCUUCAUCAUUUGAUCCCAGAAACAGCUACAAUACUUAUUUCUUCAGCACUAAUACUUAUUUUUAGUGAGAUUAUACCACAUUCUGUGUGUUCCAAGCAUGGUUUGGUGGCCGGUGCAGCUAUGGCUCCUGCUGUCCAUUUACUUGUCUGGAUUUGCUUUCCUGCUGCAUAUCCUAUCAGCAAGCUAUUAGACUUUCUGCUAGGAAGAGGGCGUAUUGCGCUGUAUCGUCGGGCUGAGUUGAAAACACUGGUUGACUUGCAUGGAAAUCAGGCUGGGAAAGGUGGUGACUUAUCACAUCAUGAGGUAUCAAUUAUCAAAGGCGCACUUGAACUCACUGAAAAAACAGCCCAAGAUGCAAUGACACCUGCAUCUGAAAUUUUUUCAAUUGACAUCAACGCAAAACUUGACAGGGAUUUGUUAAACUUUAUCCUUGUAAAGGGACAUAGCAGGGUGCCAGUAUACCAUGACCAUCCAAGCCAUAUCAUAGGACUUAUUCUGGUGACAAACUUACUUACUAUGAAUCCAGCAGAGGAAGUAACAGUAAAGAACAUCACGAUCCGCUCUAUUCCAAGGGUGCCAGAAACAAUGCUGUUAGUUGAAUUAUUGAAUCAGUUUCAGAGAGGGCUAAGCCACAUGGCUGUAGUCACUAGACCACAAACUGGGAAGUUCGAGAAGCCGGCUUUUAGACCCCCUGAUAAUGAAAGAGAAAUAAGGUUGGAAGCUCAUGGUCAAAGCCUUCUGGGGGAAAGAAGCUUCAAAAGAUCACUGAGGAUGCUGAAGACUCUGCCUGGAAAUGACAAUGUUUCCAGAAGAAGAAACUCAAGGAGUAGGAGAUGGUCUGGAGAAUCACACCCAGAGAUCUUGAAUAUAAGUGAUAACCCUCUUUUGACAGUCCCUCAAGAAGAGGAAGUCGUUGGUAUAAUUACCAUGGAAGAUGUCAUUGAGGAGUUACUGAAAGAGGACAUCUAUGAUGAAAUGGAUCAUCAUGGCUCAUCUCGCUCAGGUUUCGGCAGCUCCUCACAAAGGAUUUUAAACGAUCAGGAAGCAAGAUAUGGGAGCACUGAAUUUAGUGAUAGAAGUACAAUCAAAUUACUUCCCUAG